UCUGAAGUGGAAGACAGUGGAAGUUAGAUUUUCAACUUUUCAUCAAAGUGUGAAAAAUUAUUUAAGUGUGUUAUUUCUCCGAAAUUGUUAGCCGUGAGCGUCCAUCCUGAGUAUGCCAAGUGACAGUGAGGUAGACAGUCAGGAUGAGGGACGGUACAGACAUCACAAGAGCAGAGAAUCAAAACAUGGAGAAGAUUGUGACGAGAAAAGCUCCAAGAAGAAGAGAAGGUCACCAAGUAGAUCACACAGGAGUUACAGGUCACCACAUUCUGCUGGGUCAAAAGAUGCUGUAAGGAAACGAACAAAGAGAAGCAGGCGUAGCAGAUCCAGAUCCCUCAGCAACAGUCCGGCUCCUUCCUACAGUCACAAGAACAGAGAUUUGGAGGACAAGGAGCCUCCUGGUGCCUGCCACUGUCUGGGAGUUUUUGGACUUAGCAGCUAUACUGAAGAAAAACACUUGAAAGAUAUUUUCAGUCAAUAUGGCCCCCUUGAGAGUAUAUUUAUCAUCUAUGAUCGACAGUCAGGCAGAUCAAAAGGUUAUGGAUUUGUCUAUUUCAAGUCUACUGAAGAUGCUGUUGAGGCAAGGAAAGCGACUCAGGGACUUGAGUUGGAUGGGAGGCCCAUCCGUGUGGACUACUCACUGACCACCCAGCCUCACCCUCCUACCCCAGGACGAUAUCUCGGCCGAUCCUGGUCGUAUGACCGUGGGUACCCAGGAUAUGGUGCUGAGAACCAUGGGUCCCGCUUUAGUAGAUACUCCGGUCGCAGCAGAAGACAUUUCCGCCACUGCAAUUACUUCAAUGAAGAAGAUAACGAUGAUGAUUAUAAUGAGGAUUACUACUACCGAAGACCUCGGAGGUUUUCUCCAUACUCCCGUCACUGUCAGUGAAUGGUUCAUCCCUGAGUUAACGCUUCGUGUGUUCCCCCCAUAUGUCCAUGCCAGCACAGACCCUUGUUUUCAGCAGCUGAAAGGUACUCAGCGUCUUCCUGCCUUACAGGUUUUUGCCUCCUGGUGAUUCUUUUGUGUAAAAAUGGGCUCUACUCGUAGAACGCUUUGUUAGCAUGGGCAAAUUUGAAAAAGAUGAGGGUUGCUGAUCUUGUUUCACAGGAUGUGAUUUUUUGAUGAGUUUUUCUGUUACAAAGUGGAUUCUGAAUUGUAAAUCUUUCUUUUAGUUCAAGUAAUUUCUUUUUUUCUUAGUUGUAAAAGUUAAUGUUUGUUUCUUUUCAUUUUCACCUUCUUCGUGUAGAGCUGUCUUACAAUAUUGUACCAAAACCUUUUCUUGAGUGCACUUAUGUGUGCGUGCCUGGUGAAAGGUAUUGUAAGAGAGUAAGAUGCAUUUGCUAGAACUGAGAAACAGGGCAAUAAAGGUCAACCAUUGAUUUUUUACUAAUAUUGAGUUUCAAUAAAAAACUUACUCUUUGAUCAUUUAUCUCCCAAUAUUUACAAAGCUGUGUGUUUAUUCUACUGGAUAUGUUUUAUUCUUUUUUAAGUAAUAACAGAGAUUGCAUCAGAACAUUUGCUGUCAGCCUAUUUGAGGAAGGUUUCUAUGACUUAUUCAUAAAAACUAACCGCAUCUCACUGCAUAUAAAAAUGUAGGUGAGUUCAUGACCUAUUUCGAUCUGGGAAGUGCACAUAAGUGUAACAAAACAGUAUGGGAUAGCAGCUUUUGCGCAUUUGGAACAAGCUCCACUUGAUGAGGAAAGCAGACACAAAGUCACUCUUCAAAAUUACUAGCAUUGUCAUUGACAAAGAUUUCUACGACUCAUUCAUAACAAUCAACCCCUUAACAUUGCAUAUCAAAAUUUAGGUCAGCAUAUUUCCCUUUGAGAGGUGUGCAGUGUACCCAAAUACAUUGAUAUAUAGUAGUAAAGGAAGGGAGGCUUCGUGCAUACCCAUGUACAAGGCAAUGUUGUGAAAUUUUUAGUUCUUUUCGACAGUGAAUUUACUUUUAGAGUGUCUUAAUGACACUUUGAAACUUAUUAAUUUUCUUAAACUGCUUUUUUAAAAGUGCACUAUGCAUAGUAAUAAUGUUGUCACAGGUUUUGGAGAAAAACAACAUGGCUGGCUUUUUGAUCAACCGAUAUUCAUUAGGAGUAGAACUCGAUCCGUAUCUAAGGGAAAUUUUAAAGCCAUUUUUCUCAAAACUUUGUUUCCGCACCAUACUUGACAACAUUAACCAGAUCUCACAAAGUGCUGAAGCUGUCUUAAAAAAUUUUAAGGCAAGUUGUUCAGAAAUUAUUUUUGUACCAUAAAAUGUAAUAAAAGGGAAUUCUUCAAAAUGCGUUAUAUGGUACCUUGUACCAGGCACAUGCUCAUAUUAUCAUUGACAAGUUGUUUAGAUUUUCUAGUUUUUCAGUCGGCUGAUAUAGUCCAAACCAAAUGGCCCAGUUAUUAUAACGGCUGACAUUCAUUGUUAUACUUUGUUGUUUUUUCAUCAUCCUCAAAUGAUGUAUCUUAUAUUUAAUAAGAUUACUUUUGUUAUGCUUGUUGCUCAGAUUUUGAGCAUGCUGAUUCUUUAAAUUAAUUGUUGGAUUUCCUUGACUUUUAUGCUGCAGCCUUCCACCGCAGUAUUCUCAAUGCUUUUGUCCAGUGCUUGGUGUUGGCUCACCUGCCAUUCCUUUGAUUUCUGCACUCUAAUUUUCCCAGAUUUUGAAGCUUUUGUGAUUUUAUGUUUAAAUUCAUUAAUAGUUUGACUCAAAAUAAAUUGAUUAGUGACUUCAGGCAAAGGAUUAAAUUGUCUGUUUACUGAAUUAGUUAACAUUAUUGCCAGUCCUAAUUUUUAUUUGAAAUUAUGUAAAAGUAUCGGUUUCUUUCCAUCUUUAUUUUUUUUAAUGCGUUCAUUGAUUUCAAUAAUAUGUAUGCCUGUUAAAUUUGUUAAUGUUGCAACAAAGUCAAACCUGCCGAGAUGAGAUUUCUUGGCUCCUCUUACAAAUAAUUGCUAUGUAAGGAAUCUGUACAAUGUCGAAACUUGCCUAACUUAGAUAGUUGACCGGCUCAUCUUUAAAUUCUGUACAAAAACAGCUUAAGUUCUGUUUUCAUGUAGGCUUCAAGGAACAAGUUGACUUCCCCAUCGGCAAGAUAAUGCCCAAUACAAAUCAGUCUUCAGAGUCAGGGUGUAAAAAUGUUGGAUCUUGCUGUUGAUCGAGUCUUUACAAGCACUUUUGUUUGUGUAGAGGUGCUGUUCUCUGUCCACGAGAAAUUAGGACAGCUUGUUUAUGUUGUUACUGCUGGUGAAUGUUAGUGGCGUAUAGACAGGGAUGAAUAUGGAUGAAAGAUGGGUGCCAUAGUUGAUGUGACUACGUAUAGAGCAUUACAGUCUGUGUCAAGCUACUUGACAUUUAUGCCUUCCUUGACUCAUAUAUGAUUUUGUGAAAACUUUUGGCCUUACCUUUGUCAAAGUGCAGGACCCCCAUUGCAGUAGUUUGGCAUACAGCCAUCGAAUAAAGUAAUUAGUUUAUGCAGUUUUGCUUUUAUAGAAAAAAUAUUUUGGGGCAAUUUUUUAAGGUUUAUCUCUCAGUUAUAUUAUGUUUAUCUAGCAUUACAUGUCAAGUUCUUUUGCUAUUGUCAUAUGAAUUUUUUAAUUUAAAGAAUAGCCUGUAAAUUGGGUUACAGUGAAAAAGGAUUACAACACUAACAUUGUUUUAGUUUGAUACAUGUCAGAGAGAUCAACCACAUGCUGCUUUUUUGGGGUUUUUUGCUUUGUUUGCCUUCUCCUUGAGUACAAUAUUCUGCCAUCUGCACAGCUUUAUUUUUUUAUUUUUUGGUGCGUGUUGCUAUUCUUUGGAUUUUGUUAUUUUUUUUACCUGAAAGUAAUAUUUUGUAGGGUGAGAACUAAUGUCUACUACUUAUGAUAGUUAGCCUGAGGUGUCAAUGCUUUUGCCGAGUAUUUUUACGCUGUGGAGGAUAAAAAAUGCUCAGGUUUUGUUCCUAGCUUUGUUAUAGAACAAGAGCAAUUGUAUAGCAUUCCCUUGGAGACAUAAUAUCUCAGGACUUAUAAAAUGAGAUUUAUACCCAUCCUGAACAUGGUCACUCUCUCAUUGACCUGGUGCUGAGUUAUGGUUUUUUCUGUUUUUAUCUUGUUGUUGUUUGAAUAAAGUUCUGUUCGAAGUCAA